AUGCAGAAGAAGCGCAGUAUGAUGCACCACAUCUCGACGCUGCUCUGGAAGAACCGCAUCAUCAAGCAGCGCCAUUGGAUCACGACGCUCAUCGAGAUCGCGGUCCCGACGCUCUUCGUGCUCCUCUUCGCGUACUUCAAGACGCUCACGGACAACGAGACGAUCCCAACUGGGUGGCCGCUCAGCACGAACGCCGUGCCCGUGACCACGGUCGACCCCUCCGCCUCGUCGUCGUUUGGCGCCGCGCCCAGUCCGGCCGGUGUCUUUAUCGCGUCCGAGCCGUCCAUGUCCGGGCUUCUCCUCGGACUCUCGUCCAUGUCUUAUGACAAGCUCGGCGCGAACGAUCGCAGCGCGUCGCCGGCGUCGUGCAAGGUCCAGUUCACGUACAUGGGGUACGUCAACGUCGACCCAGCGUCGCCGUUUGCUGUGCCCACCAGUUGUCCGGCGGGCUUGAUUCCUCGCAAGAUUGCGAUCGCGCCGAAAAACGAGUAUACGACCAAGUACUUUGGCGGGCUCAUGGCGCAGUGGUACCCCCGCAUUGCGCUCAUGAACCGCACUCUGCCGGGCUUCACCGAUGCGCUCGCCGUGCCGUCCUUCGCCGACUCGGUCAUGUAUUUCGACACGGCGGACGCGCUCCAGUCGUACCUUUCCGGCGCGGACUAUGGGUCGUCGCGCGCGAAUCCGUUCAUCUACGCGGCGAUUGUGUUUGAUUCGGUGCCGGCGCCCGGCAGUAUCGGGUCGGUCGAGUACACGCUGCGCAUGAACUCGACGCAAGGUCGCGGUGGGUCGGCGGGCAUCUUGCCUCACACCAACCACCAAGCGUACCCGGCGGUGGACCCGCUGCAGAAGAGUAUUGAUCGCACGUGGUACACGUCGUACACCAAAGCUGGCUUUGCGACGCUGCAGACGCUCGUGACCAAGUUCUUGGCGUGCGCGCCGUCGUACGCGAACGGCACUGUCGGCGCCUGCUCGUCCACGUCGUCGGCGUUGCUCUCGCAAGCCCCUCUCCUCGGCACUCAGUUCUUCUCCGACGCGGCCGUGCUCGGUGCGAUGACCAAGAUGAUCUCGGACGCGACGAUCCAGUCGCAGCUCGGGCCCCUGAACGUCACGGCGUUUGCCGAGCAGAUCCCGCUCAGCGCGAUGGGGCAGCUCGCAGUGCCGCUUCUGCAAGCGCCGCAAGCCUUCUUGGCCGACACGACGUACCCGUUUCCAAUUCCGAGCUACAUUUCCGCGCCGUUCUACGACUUGGUCGGCAACGUCUUCCCGCUCGUCUUUAUCUUGGCCUACCUCUACGCCGUCUCCAAGGUGCUCGUGGUCCUCAUCCAAGAAAAGGAGACCAAAGCGCGCGAACUCAUGAAGAUUCUGGGCGUGAGCGAGUCGUCGAUCGUGUUUUCGUGGCUCGUCACGUACCUCGUCAUCUUCCUCGUCGCAUCGAUCCUCCAGGCGCUCGCGGCGACAUUGAUCUUCCCCAACACCAACGGCGGUCUUCUCUGGAUCUUCUUCUUCCUCUUCUCGAUGACGAUCUGGGCCUACGGCUUCCUCGUCUCGACCUUCUUCUCCAACGCGCGGACCGGGUCCCUCGUCGGCGUCUCGCUCUUCUUCGUCAUGUACUUUGUCUCGGCGGGCUUGACGAACGCCAACGAAGGCGGCAAGAUGCUGGCGUCGCUCCUUUCGCCCGUCACCCUCGCCCUCUGCGUGCAGACGCUCGCGGCGUCCGAAGGUGUCUCGGUGGGCAUCACGCAAAGCACAGCCAACACGGUCUACUCCAACUACCGCUUCCAAGGCGGCCUCGGCAUGCUCGUCUUGGACUUCGUCUUGUAUGCGCUUUUGGCCAUGUACCUCGAGCAACCCCAGAAAUGGUACUUUCCGUUCUCGCCGAGCUACUGGUGCGGCACGGACAGUACGCGGCACCUCGCCAAAGUCGGCGAAAUGAGAGUGGCCGACCCGUCCGUCAAGAACGACAACAUUGAGACCGUCGGCACCGAGCUCGAGAAACAAGAGUCGAACGGCGAAGCGCUCGUGAUCCAAGGCAUUCGCAAGAUGUUUUCGGUGCCCGGCGGCAAAAAGAUUGCAGUCAACGGCGUCGACCUCGUCAUGUACAAAGACCAAAUCACUUGCCUUCUGGGGCACAACGGCGCCGGCAAGACGACGCUGAUUUCGAUCCUGACGGGCAUGAUCCCGACGACCGAAGGCGACGCGUUCUUCAACGGCAACCGCCUCACGACGCAAAUGAGCGAAAUCCGCAAGUCGCUCGGCAUGUGUCCCCAGCACGACGUGCUCUACCCCGACUUGACGGUCCGCGAGCACUUGGUCUUCUACGGCAGCGUCAAGGGCUACACAGGGCGCGACCUCGACGACGCGGUCGACGGUACAAAAAUCAAGGAAGUCGGUCUCACCGAGAAGCGCAACGUCUUCUCGACGUCGCUCUCGGGCGGUAUGAAGCGCAAGCUCUCGAUCGCGAUCGCACUUUUGGGCGACAGCCGCCUCGUGUUUCUGGACGAACCGACGUCCGGCAUGGACCCAUACUCGCGCCGGUCCACGUGGGAGCUCAUUCUCAACAACCGCAUCAACCGUGUGAUUGUGCUCACGACGCAUUUUAUGGACGAAGCCGACAUCCUCGGCGACCGCAUCGCGAUCAUGGCCGAAGGUCAAGUCAAGUGCUGCGGGUCGUCGCUCUUCCUCAAGAACCGGUUCGGUGCGGGCUACAACCUCACGAUCGUCAAGGAGCCCAUGGUGAAUGGCGACGAGGACAUGAGCCAUGCGCUCACGGCGUUCAUCCAAGAACAUGUGCCCACCGCGAAGCUCCUCUCCAACGUCGGGUCCGAGAUCGGGUUCCAGCUGCCCAUUGACAGCUCGCCGGUCUUUCCGGAAAUGUUCCGCGCGCUCGAGUCGCCUGAGACGCGGUCGUCGCUGCGCGUCGCGUCGUUUGGCAUUUCGGUCACGACGCUCGAAGAGGUGUUCAUCAAGGUGGCGGAAAUGGGCGACGACGACGGCCAGCAUACGCUCUCCAAGGAGAAGCCGACCACCAAGACGAGCAGCUACUCGAUCCAGAAGCACUCGCUCUCGCGCUGGGCCAUGUUUCUCAAGCAUUUCUGCGCCCUUCUCCAGAAACGCUUCCGCGUCGCGAAGCGGGACAAGCGCGUCAUGAUCUUCAGCACGCUGCUCCCGUGUCUCCUCAUCCUCAUCGGUUUCGGCUUGCUCUACUCGAGUUCGAUCCUCGAGAACGACCCGCGACUCCGUCUCGAUCCAGCCACAACCGAGGUGGGCUACGCGCUUGGCGCUCAAACCCCGCUGCCCUACAUUUGCAACAGCGACGUCGGCAGCAUGUGCACCAACUGGGCCAAGGCCGCGACGCGCGGUGUGCCGUCGGCCAUGGACACCAGCGCCUUCGUGUCCGACAGCUCGGUGACCGUGUUUAACUUUUCGUAUGGACCGACGCUGCCGCAGGCUGCCCGGCUCUUUGGCCCGGCCGUCGCGACGUGUGUGCGCACGGCCGAGCACCUCUACACGCGCGGGUACACGACGAAGAUCGGCGGUCAGUUCGGCGGCUACGUCCUGCACGGCAACAGCACGAGCAACAUGCUGAGCUACUCGCUCCUUGUCAACACGACCUCGAUCCACGCCGCACCUGUGUACCACGCCGCGAUCGACGAAGCACUAGUGCGCUACGUCAACAACCGCAAUGACAUUUCCGUGACGGUGAACGUCUUUCCGUUUCCGAUCACGGCGCAGACGAAAGCGCUCUUCAGCUCAUUUCUGUCGUUCACGGCGUGCCUCUUCAUCGUGAUCGCGAUGACCUUCUUUCCCGCGUCCAUCGUCACGUUCCUCGUGAAAGAAAAGCAAAACGAGUGCAACUCCAAGCACCAGCAGCUCGUCUCGGGCGUGAGCCUACCGGCCUUCUGGCUCUCCAACUACUGCUUUGAUCUGCUUGUGUACGUCAUCCCGUUUGCCGCCGCGCUCAUCCUGAUCAAAGCCUACGGCAUCCAAGCACUCACGGGCGACGACUGUGCGGCGUGUGCGUCCAAUACGCCGCAAGCUGUCUUUCUCCUCUUCUUCUUCUUUGGCUUUGCGAUCGCGCCGUUCACGUACUGCAUGUCGUACUGCUUCAAGGAAGCGGCGGCGGCGCAGUUUUACACGCUCAUCAUCAACAUGGUGCUCGGCCUCAUCCUCAUGAUCGUGUCGUUCGUCCUCGACGUCAUCUCCGAGUCGGCGAAGGACGCCAACGUCUACCUCAAGUACAUCUGGCGGCUCUCGCCGCUCUUCAACCUCGGCAACGGACUGCUCACGAUGAGUCUCAAGUCGCUUGUCGGCUCCAUCACCAACUCCAAGACCGUCGUCAGCGCUUACGACUGGGACGUUGCGGGCACCGAGAUCGCCUACUUGGCGAUCGAAUCGGUCGUCUUCUUUGGUCUGGCGCUGGGCAUCGAUGUGCUCCUGAGCUUUCCGCGGAUCAAGGCCAUCUUCUCGCGCGACCCGCAGCUCGACGCCAAGGACGAUCACGUCGACGACGAAGACGUGGCCGCCGAGGCCAAGCGCGUGCUCGACGGCCAUGCCGAUAACGACAUGGUUGUCAUCAAGCGUCUCAAGAAGGUGUACACGGGCAACAAGAUCGCGGUCCGGAACCUCUCGUUUGCGCUGCCGAAAGGCGAGUGCUUUGGCUACCUCGGGAUCAACGGUGCGGGCAAAACGACCACGAUGAAGAUGCUCACGGGGGACAUUCUACCCUCGGGCGGCGCCGCGACGCUCGGCGGGUUUGACAUUCUCACGCAGCAGCUCGAGCUCCGGCGCUUGAUUGGCUACUGCCCGCAGUUUGACGCGCUCAUCGAGCUUCUCUCGGUGCGCGAGCAUCUCGAGCUCUUUGCCAAGAUCAAGGGCGUGCCAUCCGCCGAUAUCGCAGGCGUUGUCAAGGAGAAAUUGACGCAAAUGAACCUCCAGAGCUUCGAACACAAGCUCGCGGGCACGCUGAGUGGCGGCAACAAGCGCAAGCUCUCGGUGGCGAUCGCGAUGAUCGGGUCGCCACCUAUCAUCUUCCUCGACGAGCCGUCCACGGGCAUGGACCCGGUGUCGCGCCGGUUCAUGUGGGACAUCAUUGCCGACGUCUCGACAGCCAACAAGGAGUCGACGAUCGUGCUCACGACGCACUCGAUGGAAGAGUGCGAAGCGCUGUGCACGCGCGUCGGCAUCAUGGUCGGCGGCCGCCUUCGCUGCCUCGGAAGUGUCCAGCACCUCAAGUCGCGCUUCGGCGACGGCCUCAUGAUCGACUCGAAACUCAACGUGCCGACGCCGGUCCAGCUCGGCGACUUCUUCGCACACUCGGUCCAACCCGUGUGCCCGGCGGCGAAGGACCUCGAGGCGCAUUUGAGUCGGGACCAGGUCAUCAAGCUGUGCGGGGACCUCGGACAAUCCGAGCGCGCGGGCUGGAUCGCCAAGUCGCAUUCCACAGGGUAUGCGCUGGACGCGGUGCUCGAGCGCGACAGCAAGGUGUCGGUCUCCCUUUUCUGCGCGUGGUGGGUCGGCGAGAACCAGUUUGUGGCCUACGACAGCUUUCUCCGGUCGACGUUUGCGCGCGUCGAGCUCCUCGAGCGCCAGAACGAGCACUGCCGCUUCAAACUCCACGACAGUGCCGACGCGAAACUCAAGCUCUCGGACGUCUUUGCCAAGAUGGAGGCGCACAAGGUCGCGGUCGCGCUCAAAGAGUACUCGGUGUGCCAGACGUCGCUCGAGCAGAUCUUCAACGCGUUUGCGAGCCAGCAAGACGAAGAGAAGGGCGUUGCGCGCGGCAUGGAAGUCAAGAAGAACAACUAA